UACCGCUCAUUUUCGAGCACUGAGGCGGUUCCGGCAGGCACGCCGGAUGUGUCCCCGCGGCCGUCUGCUCUGGUUUGUGGAGCCGCUUUGUCACUUAAUGUAUUCCCGGUCUUGAAAGCUGCUGGGCUCUGACAAGUGCCCGGAAGUUGUAGAGAAAUGACUGCUGCCUCCUCCAGGUUGUUAUUCAGUCGCUCAUUCGUGUCCGACUCUUGUGACCCCAUGGACUGUAGCCCGCCAGGCUCCCCUGUCCGUGGGCGGCGGCUUCUUUUUCUUUACUUAAUCACUGAACCACCUGAGGAGCCCCCGUCAUAUUUGGUAAACCCCUAACCCCACCGUGUACUGCGAGGAUACACCCUGCCCCCCACCCCCUUUCCCCUGGUGUUACUCCACCUGGUGGCCUUGGGCGUUGGAGGGCGAGAAGAGUGCCCCGACAAAGUCAAGUUAACAGAAGGCCCGCGAGGUUGCCAUGGUUCCUCCCAGAGGCUGAGACGUGUCUCGAGUGGGCGAGAUCCUGUGGGGCUUUGCCGAAUGUUACACUCACUUUCAGCCAGGUCAGCCAUGGUGGCCAAUCUCAUGGCCAAAGCGAGCGUUAGCCUUGGCCAUUUGUGCUCCCCGGUCUGAAGUAGUCCUGGUACUGGGUGAGUUUUGGCAGGGCCCAGGAAGAAAGAGGCUAAACGGUUCAUUGUGGAAUCUCCCUGGGAGUUUCGGGACCCAGGAGGGGCUAGGGAAUUGGUCCAGACCCUGCCAUUACCCAGGUAGAUCCACCCCUUCAGGCGUUUAUCCCGGGAGGUCUGUGAUGAAGGCUCUGCUCCUCUGUCCAUGUUCACAGAAAUAUUUUCAGGCAUGAUGAAAUGGAUUUAACGGCAAACAUUUCCUGUAAAUGCCUCACAACGUCAUCACUAGGUGUUCAUUUUGGUGAAAGAAUGUCAGGUUACACUGUCAGACCCUGAAUUACACUGGCCUGCGUUAAAAAUCUUGCCUUUGGUUUGUAGGACACACGAGUGGGUGGAUUGGUGGAGCUCCCUUAGCCUCAGGUGAUUGACUGGCAUGGAGGUAAUGAGAGAUUUACUCAGAGCCUGUGGGAGAAUCAAGGAGAAUGCCAAAGCCCGUGGAAUGUUGAAUACUUUUCUAAAACUCACGACAGUUAUUGGUGAAGUGGGAACUGUUAUUGUAUUGAUCCAGAAACGGAGGCUCAGAGAGAUGAAGUGAGUGAUGUCUCCACGGUGUCUGUGACCUUUGAUGACGUGGCCGUGACCUUCACCCAGGAGGAGUGGGGCCAUCUGGACCCGGCUCAGAGGACCCUGUACCGGGAGGUGAUGCUGGAGACCUGCGGGCUCCUGAUGUCUCUGGAGAGGGAGCCGACCGAAUGGGGCCGGUUCCCAAGCGUCCCCUACACCCGCGUGCACUGGAUGUGGGUGACAAGCUGUUCUCCAGGAAGAGGGUGGCAGCUAGGGACUCACAGCCCUUGCAGACUUGGCCAGUCACAGCUUCAGACUUCAGAACUUUGCUUGGGAUCUGAAAAAGACAUAUCAAUGAGGUCAUCAAAGCUUAUUUUGACUGAAGAGUCGAUGUUUCAAAUAUGGUGUCCUGUCCCCAGACCUGAGCUGAUCUACCAGCUGGAGCACGGGCAGGAGCUGUGGACGGUGAAGAGAGACCUCUCCGGAAGCACCUGUCCAGGAUACAGAUCAGAAGAAGGGCUGGAGGUAUUCCAGUCACGAAGCUUCCGUGUCUUCAGCGACUCUCGACCUCCAGGAAUUGAUGUUUGGCAGUAUGUGCACAGAGCGUUGGCAGCCCAUGAACCUCCCCAGGGCCCGGUUGACAAAGGAAAACCCAAGACCGCAGAACCUACCAGUUGUGAACCAACGCUGUUUGAAGGAGCCUCUCUCCAGGAACUGACACAAGGAGGCCCAGGGGACUCCCAGUUGGGACAAAAGAAGGAUCGGGAUGGGCCGCUGGAAAUGCAGGAAGACCACUUUGUACCAGGGAUCAACCCUCAGAGGGAGAAGCUUCAUGAAAAAAUAAGUCCUGAACAGGGCAGCUUAGGGACAGCUGGUGGUGUGUGUUCAAGGGUCGAAGAGGAGCCAGGCCCUGUAGGGGGUGCUGUCCAUGACCGUGACUCCUGUGGAUCAAGUAAAGAUCCCAUGAUUCAGGAAGAGGAAAGUCUCUUCAAAUGCAAUGAAUGUGGGAAAGUUUUUAACAAGAAACACCUUCUUGCAGGGCAUGAAAAGAUUCACUCUGGAGUGAAGCCCUAUGAAUGUACUGAGUGUGGGAAAACCUUCAUUAAGAGCACACACCUCCUGCAGCACCACAUGAUCCACACCGGGGAGAGGCCCUACGAGUGCAUGGAGUGCGGCAAGGCCUUCAACCGCAAGUCCUACCUGACCCAGCACCAGCGGAUUCACAGUGGGGAGAAGCCCUACAAGUGCAGUGAGUGUGGAAAGGCCUUCACUCACCGCUCCAAUUUUGUCUUACAUAAGAGGAGACACACUGGGGAAAAAUCCUUCGUGUGCAAAGAAUGUGGACAGGUCUUCCGACACAGGCCAGGAUUCCUUCGACAUCACAUCAUCCACAGUGGUGAGAAUCCAUAUGAGUGCUUCGAGUGUGGCAAGGUCUUUAAACACAAGUCCUACCUCAUGUGGCACCAGCAGACCCACACUGGGGAGAAGCCGUACGAGUGCAGCGAAUGUGGGAAAGCCUUCUGUGAGAGCGCGGCCCUCAUUCACCACUAUGUCAUCCACACCGGGGAGAAGCCCUUCGAGUGCCUCGAGUGUGGCAAGGCCUUCAACCACAGGUCGUACCUCAAGAGGCACCAGCGGAUCCACACUGGGGAGAAGCCUUUUGUGUGCGCUGAGUGUGGAAGGGCCUUCACCCACUGCUCCACUUUCAUCUUGCAUAAAAGAGCCCACACUGGCGAGAAACCUUUUGAGUGCAAAGAAUGUGGGAAAGCCUUUAGCACUAGGAAAGACCUCAUUCGGCACUUCAGCAUCCACACUGGAGAGAAGCCGUAUGAGUGCACGGAGUGUGGGAAGGCCUUCAACCGCAGGUCUGGCCUCACCAGACACCAGCGGAUUCACAGUGGAGAGAAGCCCUAUGAAUGCAUGGAGUGCGGGAAGUCCUUCUGCUGGAGCACAAACCUCAUUCGACAUGCCAUCAUCCACACUGGAGAGAAGCCCUAUAAGUGCAGUGAGUGUGGAAAGGCCUUCAGUCGCAGUUCCUCCCUCACUCAGCAUCAAAGGAUCCAUACUGGGAGAAAGUCUGUCAGUGUGACAAAUGUGGGAAGACCCUUCACAAGUGGGCAAACCUCUGUCACCCUCCGAGAACUCCUAUUGGGGAAAGACUUUUUGAAUGUAACCACAGAGGAAAAUCUUUUGCAAGAGAAAGUAUCUACCGUGACAUCUGAUCGUACAUACCAAAGAGAAACUCCUCAAGUAUCUUCGCUUUGAGAAAACUUGUCAGAUCAUCCAUUGUUGUGUAAAGACCUAUUUUGAAAUUGACCCAGCGUGGAGCCUUAUUUUGCAUCUGAGAAUUCAUCCGUAAGGGAGAGACUAGUGUUUAUUGUGCACUAAGGAAAACUAGCUGUGUUUUUCUCCUUAGUUUACACUGUAGUGUUAUCUCAGGAAUUUUUGUAAAAAGAAGAUGGAAACUUAGAUAAGCAAAUGAAAUGCAAACACAGUUCCUUUGAGACUUCUCUGUCAAGCUUAUGGCACUUUGAGAUGGGUUCCUUAGUUUACUUGGGGUGAGCGGAACAUUAUUUCACUGGCAAAGGGCCUUGACUCUUCGUGGGUCUUUGUAUACACACUCACUGUUAUCCAGUGUCGGGAGAGUUAGAUAGUUGAGGGCAGGUAUUUAAGUAGAUAAAGAUACACACAUGGUAUACAGGCACAUUUUAUUGCACCAGUUAAGACCUUCGGUCUUUAGUUUUUUUAAAAAACAAACUUCUUUUGGUGGUUUUAAACAGCAAACAUUCAGACUUUUUUAUUGAUUCAGUCUGUUGUUUACUUACUUUUAGCUCUGCCAUAAAUCUUAAAAUUGGAUAAAUGAAUCGUCUCUAUUAUUAUUUAAAUUGACUUAGCUUUCCUAGUUCCUUGGAUUUCCCAUAUAAAUCUUAGCAUGCAAAAAAAUCUUGCUUCAGCAUUUAUAGAGAUUGAUUCAAACCUAUAGAGCAGUUUGUUCAGAAGUGACACUAUGAACACAGUGCAUGAUAUGACAUGUCAUUAAGCAUUCUUGGUAUUUCAUUACCAUUUUGUAAUCUUCAAUAAUUCAGGCCCUGUAAACUCUUAAAAGUGAUAUAUAAAUGCAUUGAUUUUUUUUUUCCUUGUGUCUUGUAGGAUAUUAGUUCCCCAACCAGGGAUCCAAUCCAGGCCAGCUGAGAGUUCUAACCACUGGGGCGGUGGACUGCCAGGGUAUUCUCUGUUGACACUGAUUCUUAAACUUUCAUUUCCUCAUUUCCUUUAGUAGUAUAUAGAAAGAUAAUUGUUCUGAGGGUGGGAUUUUGGUGUCUUGUAGCCUUGGCUGAACUCAGUUAUUACUUCUAGUCGUUUCUUUAGAUAGAAUCCUUGGUAUUUUGUGCCUAGAAAUGUCAACUGCAAAUACUUUUCUUUCUUCCUAUCUGUGUUCUUUUUAUUUCCUUUUCUUAAUGCGCUUGCUAGGACUUCCAGUAUGAUGUUGAGUAGGAGUAGGAAGAGAGGACAUCCUUGGCUGGUUUCUGACAUUAGGGGGAACACUUUCAGUUUUCUCAUCAAGUACAAUGUUACAAGCUUGUUUUUUUCCAUAGACUUCCUGUCACGUCUAGAAAGUUUCCCUCAGUUCUUAAUCUGGUGAGAUUUUUGUCAGGCUUGAGUGUUGGGUUUUGUUGGAUGCUUUUCCUCCCAUCACUUGAUGUGAUCAUCUGAUUUUUCUUUGAUAGCCAAUUGAUAUGAUGUAUUACAUUGAGUUUUGCAUAUUGAACCAGCCUUGCAUCCUUGGAAUAAACCCCACUUGGUUAUGGAGUGUACGUUUUAAAAUAUAAAAGCAUUCAAUUUGAUUGUAUUUUUUUGAAGAAGUUUUCCUCUAAUCUCUCGAUUGAUGGUGCAUAGUUGCCAUUCUUUGUUUUUAGCUACUAUCAUUGUCUGAUUUUGGUGUCAAGGUGAUAGUGGCCUCUCAAGUUCUGUUUUUUAGGAAGACAGUGUGUAAUUGUCUUUAAUUGUUGUUGUAAUGUUAUAUAAUAGUCCAGUGAACCAUUUGGGCCUGGAGAUUUUCUGGAUACUAGUUGAUAAAUAUGGAACUAUUCCGAGUGUCUUUUCAUAUUGGAUAAAUUGGAUAGCUGGUCCUCUUCAAAGAAGUGUUUCAUUUCAUCUCAAGUUUAGACUUGUUGGAAGUAUUCCCUCAUUAUUUUUUUUAACAGCAGCAAGGUAUGUACUUCUAUCCCAUUUUAACUCCUUUUAAUCAUCGUCAGUCGUCUUAGACAUUUACCAACCUUACUGAUUGUUUUGAAGAACCAGCACUUUACUGACUUUUUUUUCUGUUCCUUUCUGUUUUUACUUCCACUGAUUUCUGUUCCAGUCAUUAUUAUAGCCUGUCUUCUGCUUUGCUCUGGUUGCAUUUUGCACUUUUUAAUUUUUGAGGGAUGCUGAGAUUAUUGAUUGGACACUUUUUAUUUUCUUAUGAAACAUUAAGUAUUAUAAAGUUCUACCACAGCACUGUUCAAGUUUUUAUUACAGUUUAUUCAGUUCUGAAUACCCCUUGAUUGCUUUAGAGACUUCUUCUGUCACCUGUGGAUUAUUUAGAAGUUUUUUAGUUCAUUUUCUACUGUUUGAACCAUUUUCUGUUGUUGAUUUCUUGUUUGUUUCACAUUUGGUUUGACUGUUUAAAUUUGUUGAAGUUUGUUUAUUGCCCUUGGGUGUGGUUUGUCUUGUUGAAUGUUCUUUCUGUAAGACUUCUUGUAAAGAAUGUGUGUUCUGCUGUCAUUGGCUGAAGUUUCUAUAAAUGUCUGCACAAUUUUCUUUGUUGGGGAUGUUUUUUCAGAUUUUCUAUAUCCUUGCUGACUUUCUGUGUAGUAGUUCUUGUCAAUUGCACAGAGAGGAAUGAUGAAGUCUUGAAGUACAAUUAAGAAAUUGUAGUGUUUGCAGUUUGUAUUUUUUAAGUUUCUUGUAACAGCAGUAGUUGGGAUCAUAUUUUUUUAAUCCAUUUUGCCACUUUUAAUUUGUAAAUUUAAAAUAGUUAAUGAUACAUUAGAGCAUAAGUGUACCAUUUUAACUGUUUUUUUGUUGUAUUCCCUUUAUAGUGUUACUCUUGUUUUCUAGCUCUUGUUAUUUAGCUUUCCCGUCCUUCCUGUGGGUUACUUUAAUAUUUUUUGGAAUUCCACUUGAUAUAUCUGUAAUGCUUUUGAGUAUAUAUCUUAAUUUUUUUUUUUUUUUUACUGUAUAUAGUGUAUUACGUAUACAUAACUUAAUCCCAGACUGUUAUCAGUAUUUCAGCACUUUGACAUAUAGAAACCUUGAUUUCAUUAGGGUUCUUUUACAUUCCCUGUUCUUAAUAUAGUUGUUCUAAAUAGUUUCUCAUUGUAUACUGAGCACCAUAUUGGAUAUUGUAAUUUUUGCCUCAACUGUCUUAAGAUUUUUUUUUUUUAAACAAAGUUCAUGAGAAGUGAAGUCUGUGUAUCUCUAAUUUUACCAUUUCAUUGUUCUUUCUACGUUCUUGAAGUCCCAAGUCUUCUAUUAACAUUUCCCUUCUGUUUGGCAAGUUUCCUAUAUCUGUUCUUUCUAAAGUAUGUCUGCUGUUAAUGAAUGUUUUUUUCUUCUUCAUUUAAAAAUGUCUUUUCCCCUUCAUUCUUGAAAGAUAUUUUUGUGGGACAUAGGAUGUGGGAACCACAGUUCUUUUAGGACAAAAGAAAAGAUGUCUGUUUUUCUACGUUCCAUCUUCUGUGCACCAUGGUUUCAUAUGCGAAACCUGUAUGUCACCGCGUUACUUCUCUAUCUUUGUGUGUAGAAUUUCCGGUUUCUCUAAGGCUUGUUACAGCCGCAAAGGAGCACGGCCACUCCCCCUCCAGGGUCACUCGUCCUCCUCGUGACUGAAUGCAUUCCCCCCUCCACCCCCCAGCUUGUUCAGGAUCUCUGUCUGUGUGCUGUACGUCCUCUGUACUUGUGGUCUUCCCCUUCUCCCUCUUGGUGCCCUGCUAGCCUCAUAAUCUGUGCAGCGAGCGCCGUAUUGGAUGUGGUUGCCGUUUUUGCCUCAGCUGUCAGGUGUGUUCAGUCUCUAGUCUCACCCCGGGCACUUUCUGCCCCACAUGCCCACUGAGCUCCGCCCUUCUCCUUGCUCUCAGAGACACACCCAGUGGGACCGUUCUGUCCACUGUCUGUCCUCACCUCCUUGUGGCAUGCUCCAUGGCAACUAAAGAGUGACCUCCUCCACGUCACCGGGCUUGCGCAGUCCUCACAGAGUUCCCAUUUGUACCCCUCAUUAUUGGACCUUUGUGCUGCCCACCCUCUUUCUCAAGAGUCCUUGGCUGGCUUCUGAGCCUUUCUGCCCUUCUCCUUCAUAGGGUCUGUGUUUUCCGUCUAUUAAAUAAUUCCACUUCCCAGGA